GUCAUGAAAGUUCCACUGGAGUUUGUAUCUGACAUCAAUUUCAGACAUCGGCCUAAAAGAAUGUUGCCAGAAACAGGAAUUAUUGUGGAAUGGGAAAGGAGGACAUAGAUCGAGAAGAAAAGGUUGUUUUGAUGGAGGGUAAUUAUAAAAAGGGGUUUGGAUUUCCGGUAGAUUUGGGUUAGGUAGAUUUACUCUCUUGGCUCUAAUAGUAAAGACCAGGUUUUCUUUUAUUGAGCCCUAACCCUGACACCAACCCUAAUAACAAUAUACACCAUGUCUUCCGGCAAGGAGAAUGUACGAAGGAAGGUCGUCUGUUUCUCAGACUUCGACGGCACAAUCUUCAUGCAAGACACCGGCCACGUACUCUUCGACAACUACGGCUGCGGCGCAGAACGACGGCGCGUCCUAGACGAACAAAUCAAGACAGGCGAACGCUCCUUCCGCGACGUCUCAGAGGAGAUGUGGGCAUCCCUCAACGUGCCCUUUGAGAAUGGCUUCGAAGUCCUCGCCGACACAUUGGAAAUCGACCCUGAUUUCCGUGAUUUCCACACCUUUUGCGCCGCUAACGAUAUACCUUUUAAUGUGAUCAGUGCCGGAUUGAAGCCCGUGCUAAAGAAAGUGUUGGAUACUUUCUUGGGGGAAGAGCAUUCGGCGCGGAUUGAGAUUGUGGCUAAUGAGGCGGAGAUUAAUGAGGAGGGAUCGGAAUGGAAACCGAUUUGGCGCCAUGAUACUGAAGUCGGACACGAUAAGGCGUUGAGUGUUAAUGAGGCAAGGGUUCAGGCCCGCCAUAACUGCGGUGAAGAUGAAGUGCCUCUGAUCGUGUUUAUUGGUGAUGGUGUAUCCGAUCUCCCCGCUGCACGCGAAGCCGACGUCCUAUUCGCGCGAAAGGGUCUGCGACUGGAGGAGUAUUGUCAGGAACAUAACAUCCCAUACAUCGGCUUUGAUACCUUUGCAGAUAUCAAGCGUGAAAUUGAGGCUAUUCUCGCUGAGGAUCAGGAAAAGACGGGCGGUGUUGGAAAUCCAUUGCGCUUCAACCCGAGAGCGAAUAUGUGGCGACGAGUGUCGAGCCAGCAAGCUGUACGUCUUUCCGCCGUUGUCAAAUGCCACAUUGCUAAAUGGAUUUAUAGGUUCCUCGCUUCGUCGCUAUGACUCCUUCAAAAGAGGAACGCAUGUUCCUUUGGCCAGAGACGUUUUCCGAGCUCAAGCCUGGUCAGUUACCUGGACCGGACGCGGCAGCCGUAAAGGCUCCUGGUGUGACUACCAGUGCGAUUGCAUAGACCUUUUUUUAAGACCAUGAUUGAAUUUGACUAUCCAACAUGCAAGUCUGGCGUUUGGGGAAAAUCACAUCGGCUAUGUGAUAUUUAGGGUGUUCUCGCUUUGUUUUGCAGUGCUACUUACUAUAUUGUACCUACCUUGGUAGAUACUCUCGAUAACCAUGUUUAACAGAACAGAUCAGUCAUUGAUCAUCAGUUAGAAAUAGAAUGAAAUACAGUACGUGUUCGC